CUCACGUCCACACCUCGCUAGGACAUCGGACCAUCAAAAGCCCCGGAAAUCUUAAAAUCUUGAGUUUUUUCACGGAAUGUCGCAGUUGUUGGACAAGGCGAAGAACUUUGUGGCGGAGAAGGUGGCCAACAUAAAGAAGCCAGAGGCUAGCGUUACGGACGUUGAUCUGAAACAUGUGACCCGUGAGUGUGUCGAAUAUAACGCUAAAGUCUCUGUCAGCAACCCCUAUAGCCAACCUCUCCCCAUUUGUCAGAUCUCUUACACUCUCAAAAGUGCUGGCAGGGCGAUUGCAUCAGGGACAAUACCAGACCCGGGUUCACUGAAGGCCAACGACACGACGAUGCUGGACCUGCCGGUGAAGGUGCCAUAUAACAUAUUGAUAAGCCUGGCAAGGGACAUCGGUGCAGACUGGGACAUUGAUUAUGAAUUGGAGGUGGGACUCACCAUUGAUCUUCCUCUCAUUGGAGACAUCACCAUCCCUCUCUCUCAGAAAGGAGAGAUCAAGCUUCCUACUCUCAAAGACAUAUUUUAAAUCAUGUUUUCGAGCGUUUUGCUCACCUUCCUUUUCUUGAAUCUCUGGUUAUGAUGGAACUUCAAAUGAAGUAUAUGUCACAAAUUAUUAUGCUCUUGAAUAUCUUUUGUCUUACUACUGAUCAAAA